GUGCGUUAAUGAAUAAGACGAUGAAUCAACAACGGCCAGUUGCGGUUUUCUGUGUGUAAUUAGACUCACUCCCACGUUAAACUUGAAGUAAACGUGAGAGGUUUAGUUGCAUUUUAUUACUUUACAUCAGUGCACAGCUGAUAGGGCAGCGUCGAAGUUUUAGUGUUCCUCAAGUUGUUGUUUCGUGUACUUAUUUGAACCCAAAUGGGCGUGACCCAAGACUAAGAACCGCGCUGGUCACCGCAGUUACCUACACAAAACAAAACACCUGAGUGACGUCACGGACAGGUACAACAAACAUGGCGUUAGUGAAACAUCGAAAGUUUUUAAUAAUAUUAUUAUGGGUGUUUGGUGAAUUAAGUUUUUUUGUUUGUGGACAACAAAAUGGACAGUACACACAAUACAACCAGUUCGGUUAUGAACCAAACAAGCAGAACCCGUACAACGCCUAUGGACCACCUAACAGACCUGUGCUGCCUGAUCCAGGGGACAGGGAUUAUAGGACUUAUGUGUUUAAAGGGAGGCGAUAUGGGCAGAACAACAAUUACAACUACGGACCCUGGAGGGUCGGGGAUCCACGCAUUCAGGGACAAGAUCCGAAAUUUUCUUAUGAUCCCGAAGGACGAUUAGAGCCGAAUUUGCCAGGAGUCCUAGGAGGCUGGAGGGAAGACCUCCAAGGUAAGAGAAGAGAGCAAACCAGAGAAAAGAAAAGAGACAUUUUCGUAAAAACAACGCACGGAGACGUCCAAGGAUUCCAAGUUUAUUUAUUCGACAAUCCAUCACCCGAUUAUCACUACAGACCUGGAGCAGAUUUCAUUGAGAGAGAACAAGGAAUCACUUCAGUAUUCCUCGGCAUUCCUUACGCCAAACCACCAGUAAAUGAGGGGCGAUUUAAGCCACCAAGAUUGCCAAGUAGCUGGCAGAUUCUACAGGCUGUCGAUUUUGGCCCGGCUUGUCCUCAACCUCUUUCGUAUGUGGGUCAGAAAAAUGGAAUUCGAGAUAUGGAUGAGGACUGCUUAUAUCUAAAUAUAUUUACUCCAAAUAUUGAGGAAGGUACAGCCCAAAAUUAUCCAAUCAUGUUUUAUAUUCAUGGAGGCGAUUUCAUACAUGGGGCAUCAAACACCUUCCCUGGACACAUAAUGGCAACUUUUUAUAAAGUUGUGGUCGUAACAAUAAACUACCGGUUAGGUGCCUUAGGAUUUUUGUCCACUGGUGAUGUCAAUUCACCUGGUAAUUACGGAAUAUUGGAUCAAGCAAUGGCCUUACGAUGGGUUUACGACAAUGCCCCUAAUUUCAAAGGGGACAGGAAUAGCAUUACUUUAUUUGGACCAGGGGCAGGUGCUGCAUCUGCCGGUUUACUGAUGGUGGCACCCCAGACUAAGCACAUGGUGUCUAAGGUAAUUGCACAAAGUGGAGCUGCAGUUGCUGACUGGGCUAUGAUUUUCGAUAAAUACCGAGCUCAGAACACCAGCAGGGUGUUUGGAAAUAUAAUGGGCUGCAGCAUAGAAUCCUCUUGGAAAUUAGUAAACUGUCUGAAAAUGAGAAGUCCAUAUGAGAUUGGGUAUGCUGAGUUUCCGGCGGAUGUUGGCUUGUUACCCUGGGCUCCAGUUAUUGAAAUGAAUGUUUCAAUGCCUUACUAUGAGGGUUGGUAUGAAAAAGAUUGGCAUUUUAUUAACGAGUCUGUUGAAAGUUUAAUUCAAAAAGGACAUUUUAAUCCUGACCUUAAAUAUAUGUCAGGAAUAACAUUACAGGAGGCAGCUACGUAUAUCACAUCCAAUAAAUCUUUGGAACCAGAAUUUAUAGUGACUCAAGAGUUUUUCGAUCAAAAAGUUAAGGAAUUAGUUUUGCGGUAUAACUACACAUUGAAUCCAAAUGGCAUUUUUGAAGCAAUUAAAUACAUGUAUACGUAUUGGCCCGACCCUCACAAUGUAACACACAUUAGAAAUAAAUAUAUAGAGCUUUUAUCAGACUUCCUUUACACUGCACCAAAUGACAAAAUGGUUAAGUUAUUAAUUGAUGAAAAAGUACCUGUUUAUAUGUACGUACUAAACACAACAAUCGAAUCAUUAAGAUUGGACGAGUGGAGAAAAGUCCCUCAUAACAUAGAGCAUUACUUACUCAUCGGCGCACCCUUCAUGGACGUUGAAUUUUUACCACCCAAAGAACGAUUUUCACGAACACAAUGGACCCCUAAUGAUAGAAACAUGAGCCACUUUUUCAUGAAAGCUUAUACGGAUUUCGCAAGAUAUGGAAAUCCAACUUAUACACAAAUAUUGGGUCUUCAUUUUGAGGUUUCCGAACAUGGUCAACUCAAGUACUUAAACCUAAACACCACCUACAAUUCGUCGAUAAUGUGGAAUUUUAAGCAAACUGAAACAGCAUUUUGGACGCAAUAUUUGCCCACAAUUGUUGGGCAUUUAGUGCCAACUUACCCACCAACCACUGAGUUUUGGUGGGAGCCCACAACACCUUUACAAGUUGCGUUUUGGAGUAUGUCGGGCGUUUGUCUACUUUUAAUUGUGUUACUUGUUGUCGCUUGUAUGCUUUGGAGAAACUCAAAGAGGAGUAGCCACGAUUACAAUCAACCAGUGUUUAUGAACGAUACGGACAACGAAGAAGGCAUCGAAAACCUACAAGAUUACACUGAAAAAUAUCCUGCAAGGACGGACAGUGCCUCUUCCUUUCAAAGUACUUCAAUAAAAGAGGGUUACUUCACUAAUAGCCCGAACGGUGAGCCCCAUCGGAGGGGAACACCGGUUAUGGUUCAAAGGAACAAAGGCAAAUCGACUAUUAUCCAAGGUGUACCACAAACCGAUGUCUGAACAUUCCAAUUCGCGAGUGAUAUAUUGUUACAGUGUAUUUAUCGUUAAACGAAAUUAAUUUAUUUUUUAUAUAUAUGAACAAAUUCAAAAAAGGUGCCUUUUAUAUUCAAUAGAGUGUUUUAUAAAUAAUAUUCGGAUAUAACAAGUCCACUUGAAAUGAAAAGUAGGUUAUCUACCUAAGUAACUUAAUAAUUAAAAGUAUUAAUUAAAUUUUGUACUAUAUUCCAAACGUUUUGGGUGCUAUUCAAAGGUAUGCCACUUUUCUAAUCCGGGCUUAUUCAUACUAGUCAUUUUUCAAGAUCCAACAAAGUAUAACUAUAGUAUAACGUAAGAAUAAGAUCAGUGACAUAAGCGCUACAAAUUGCCAUAACAUACUCGAAUUCCUUCCAUCAUAAUGUUUAUUUUAUAGUAGAAUAUUAAAUAGUUUAAGAACAAGCAGUACCCAUUGUGUUCUAAUUUUAUAUACAUAUAUUUAUAUCUAUAAAAUUCGUCCGUGUUAUAAAAUUUUAUAAUUGACUUGUUAAAUAUUUUUAUAGUAUACUUAAGUUAUGUAAAAUGUACAAAUUCUAAGUUUGACAUGCGGACAUUAAAUGUGUAUAAGAUCUCAAUAAAUAAAGAUUUUCUAAUAUUA